AUGAAGUCUGGUACUCAAUCUUUAAAUUUAUCACCUGUGAUGUCACAGGUCCAUGUUGAUGAUUUAAACAUAACAUCAAUACUAUCCAAUAAAGAUAUUAUUAUCAAUGUAGAUCAUGUUAUUGAUUCGGAUGAAGCUAUGAUUUUAGCAAUGGGUUAUAAACAAGAAUUAAAAAGAGAAUUUAGUCUAUGGACAAUUUUUGCUGUUAGUUUUGCUGUUUUAGGUUUAUUACCUUCAAUUGCUGCUUGUUUUGAAUAUCAACAAUUAGUUAUUGGUAUGUCACCAUUACCUUGGAUUAUUGCUAUUAUUUUCAUUACUUCAGUUGCUUUAUCAAUGGCUGAAAUUGCAUCAGCUUUUCCUUGUUCUGCGGGGACUCCAUAUGCUGUUUCACAAUUAGCUCCAAAGAAAUAUCAAGCUUAUUUAACUUGGUUUACUUGUUGGUCAAAUUGGAUGUGUCAAAUUACUGCUGCUCCAUCUGUUAGUUGGUCUUGUGCUAGUUUAAUGUUGGCUUUGUAUUCAUUAACUGAUCAAAAUUAUACUCCUACUGCUGGUCAUGUUUAUGGGUUGACUACAGGGGUUAUGGUUGUUUGUGGUUUAAUAUGUACUUUACCUACAAAAUAUGUUUCACAAAUUGGUUCAUUUGGUACUAUAUGUAAUAUAGUGUUCUUAACUGUUGUGUUCGUUAUGAUAUUGGCUGGUAAUGAUAGAAUUGAAAUUAGUAACGUGACUGAAAAAUUUAAUAAGAAUGCCGUUGCAUGGUCUUUAACAAAUCAAACGGAUUGGCCACAAGGAAUUAGCUUCUUGAUGAGCUUCCUAGGCGUUAUCUGGCUGAUGCUGGGAUAUGACAGCCCGUACCAGCACGUAUAAUUCAUCAUAAAAAGAGGUGUUGGUGGCUUUCCAAAAAAAUUCCAAAAUUCCAAAUUUUGUAAUUGGUACCACAAUCAACAUGAAUCUUAUAAUGCUAUUACUAACUCAUUUUAGUCUUGCAGAAGAAUGCUCUAAUGCGUCAAUUGCUGUUCCAAGAGCAAUUGUUAUGACAUCCACAAUUGGUGGUGGUGUGGGAUUUUUGUUUAUGAUUGCAAUUGCUUACACGUUAGUGGAUUUGAAUCAAAUCGCAGAAGAUCCUCAAGGAUUAGGUCAACCGUUUGUUACAUAUUUGAGUCAAAUAAUGAAGUAUAAGUUGGUGGUGGCUGCAACUAGUUUAACAGCUGUAUCUUCAUUCUUCAUGUCUCAAAAUUGUUUAUUAGCAGCAUCCAGAGUGACUUAUGCUUACUCAAGAGAUGGUUUGUUCCCAUUAUCAAGAUUUUGGAAACAAGUUUCACCAUUAACUCAAACUCCAAUCUAUGCUGUUGUUAUUAAUGUUCUUCUUGGACAGUUAUUUUUAUUAUUGAUGUUUGCUGGUGAUGUUGCUAUUGGUGCUAUUUUUUCAGUUGGUGGUAUUGCUGGUUUUGUUUCAUUUACAGUUCCUACUUUACUCAAAAUCACAUACUCUAGGAAAACAUUUAAAAGAGGUCCAUGGAAUUUAGGUAAAUAUUCAGAACCAAUCGGUUGGGUAACAGUUUCAUUUGUUGGUUUAAUGAUCCCAAUUUUAUGUUUCCCUUAUGUUGUAGGUUCAAACUUGAAUCCAGUCGAAAUGAAUUGGACUUGUGUUGUUUUUUUUGGUCCGUUGUUAAUUGCUACAAUUUGGUUUGUUGUUGAUGCUCAUAAAUGGUACGUUGGUCCAAAGAGUAAUCUUGAUGAAAGUGAUCUUGUUUAUGGAAAAGAAGACACUGAUGAUUAUGAAGAGGAGGCUCAAAGCUUACACAUCUCAAGUAAUGAAAAAGUUUAAUUUGAAUAUCAACUAGUUUAUAUUUCAUUAAAGAUUCAAACUGAGUUUGUUUCAGAAUUUGCAAAAAUACACGACUUACGAUUACCCCUUAAUUUUUUUCUACCUCUUAAGUUUUCGAUAAAAAAAAAAAAAAAAAAAAUCGCGAGGCAAAUUCCAUCUUAUCACAAUGAGUUAUCAUAGAAACAAUCAGAAUAACUAUAAAUCAUAUAGAUCAGAUAAUAAUAUAUCAUGUGCAUUUUUUUCCAAAAUAGGUGCUUGUAGACAUGGAGAAAAAUGUUCUAAAAAACAUAUUAAACCUACAACAUCAAAAACAAUUUUAAUUCAUAAUUUAUAUGAAAAUCCAAAAUUAAAUAAAAAUAAUAAUAUUGAUGAAAUAGAUUCAAAUAGACUACAAGAUGAUUUUAAUCAAUUUUAUAUUGAUAUUUUUAAACAUUUUAGUUUAAUAGCUGAAGUUCAACUGAUUGUAGUUUGUGAAAAUGAAAAUAAUCAUUUAAAUGGUAAUGUUUAUGUUAAAUUUUAUAAUUCAUCAGAUGCAGCUAUGGCAAAUACAAGUUUAAAUCAACAAUGGUUCAAUAAUAGACCUAUACAUUGUGAAUUAACACCAGUUGAUAAUUUUAAUGAAGCACAUUGUCGAGCUUAUGAUAUGAAUAAUUGUGAAAGAGGUGAACUUUGUAAUUAUAUGCAUAUACGACAACCAAGUGAAGAAUUGAAGCAAAAAUUGUUUAAAUCACAAGAUAAAUAUUAUAUUGAAAAGAAAAUAAAUAGUUUAAAACAACAAUUGGAAGAAGAAAAGAAAAUGUAUGGUGAACAACAAGAUACUAAUAAUAAUACAACAUCAACAACAUCAUUACUUCAACAACUAAUGUAA